GAUUUUAAUUCUUCCACUUCCGCCCCCAAAUCAGAUACCACAGGAGGCAGGAGAAGAAGUUCAGAGAGAGAGAGAUGAGCAGUGAGAGUAGCAGUGGUAGUAGUCCGAGACCCGUAGCGAGGAGAGAGAGCCCAUGGGGGAUGUCAGAGGGAGACCACAAACAGCCCACACCACACAGAUGCAACGAUCGAGUUGAAGAUGUCAUCCAAGCAUGCUUUGAAGGUAACCCUUUUAAGACAGUACCCGGUCCUUUCAAGCUCUUCUGGCAAUGCAUGCGCUCAAAACCUGGGUAUAGUUCUUCCUCAGUAGUGUUUUCUUUCAUUCAAAUGGAAGAACCAACAGAGCCAUUCCGCUAUCUGCAAUUGGAUCCGCCAACUAGAGAAGUGAAGCUUGACUGAACUUGUCUCCAAAUACUGUUUAUCCAUUUCUAGGUCUGAUCCUCACAGUUGGAUUUCAAGUUUUGAUUGAUGUGCUACUAUGGAGCACCAUAUGUGUUAACCUUUUCUUAAAUUUCUGUUAUAUGAAAAUUGACAAGUCAAUGGUGACUUAUGUUCUGACAUCCAAAUUCUGAAUAACAUUACAAAUUGAUGUUCUCGCUUCCAA